UCAUAAGAGAAGAAGUUGUUUAUAGUGAUGACUGUGAAAAAAUGGCACACGGAAUAGAUUUUGGGAUAAAACCCUUUUUAUCGUCAAAUUACACGUCUUUAAGCCAAAAUGAUAUCACAAACCUCGUAAAGGCCAUCAUUAAGUAUGAAUACGACAUAAUUGAACACGAUGAUGUCUAUGAUCAAUUCUUCACAUCCAUGGCUGCCCUGGCGGCCGAUGGGAUCAGCGCGCAGUGCAAUUCAAUUUGCCACUCGCAAAUGGAUCAAGUUACGGAAGCAACGAGUAUUCUCAUGCGUUUCCUACUGAAUCGCCUUGAGAACUCCUCAACAACGGAAUGCAAGAUCCUCCUGGGGCCCCUGAAAAGCCUGUGCGAGGGCAAGAGUACCCUCAAUGUGCUCGAUACCACUGUGUUACUUGCAAUGCUGAAGAAUGCCAAACAACCGGAAACGACUAAGAGUCCACCACCGAAUAGUGACAAAGAUAGCCCAAAGUCAGAGAUGAAGAGAUCCCGCUCGGAUCUCUCCUGUGUCAUUAUGCAGCAAUUGACUACUCCCCUCAUGAGCGGCACCUACACCUGGACUCCACUCAAUGAGGAGCAGAAGGAUUGCUCGCAAAUCUUCAUUAAAGCCAACAUUGCCUGCCUUCAAGCCCUCAAUGCUGGCAAUGUGAUUCUCAAUGUUUGUACGUCCCUACCGAUUUUGUCACGCUACCGCAUCAAGUACGAGGAGAGUGCACUUCAGGGGAAGAAUCUCUACUUGCCCCUGACGCACUCAGAGGCAACAACAAUCAAGAAUACCCUUCCUCAGAUGUCAGCAGAUAUUCUCAUCUUGUACACGGCGCUCUCAAUUCCCGCCAUUGAACCCCUAACACCCAAUAAGAUCAUUCAGUUGUCACAGUGUGCAAUGUCAGCACUCUACUGUGCUGUUCUCUCAUCCAUCUACGGCAGUGUCCUCAGCUUGCCGAGUACGAGCUCGGGGAAAUCCGGCCCACAGCAACAGCAACAAAGCCAGCCGGCAAGUUCUAGUGGUCAAGCACAAAAGGACAACACAGAUGGGGAAUCCUCCGACUACCAUGCUGCUGUGGUGGUCAAUAAAGCCCUUGAGAUCUUCGUGAAGAUUGGGACAAUCUUUAAAAACUCCACCCGAAGUCAUAUUUAUCACAAUCACUUCUGCAUGGGAGCAUGGCUCCUCAUAACUGGCAUUCAGGGGGCAAUGGGUGCCUCUGGAUCUGGUGGGGUGAAGCAACAGGCUCAUCAUCAGGCCACACAGCAAGUUGAGGUAAAGUCUCGACAGCAGAAACGGCAACAAAUGCAGCCACAGCUACAGAUUCACGAGGAGCAGCAGCAACUUGAGGAUUUGCAGCAGAUUGAAGAUGAAAUACUCCUACAUGGCGAUACAGCUGAGGAGGGAAUUCCCGAAGAGAUGGAAGAACAUCAUCAUCAUACCGGAGAAGAUCCCACAGAGCAGCCACAACAACCAUCAGUGGGUGCUUCACAGCAAAUCUCAGAGGAGAAGGGAAAGAGUCCCUCAAAGAGUGCAGAAGCGACUCUUCCGCAAAUUCCUUCGCCUCGUGUGAAUUUAUUCAAAGUCCAACAAGGAUUUGGUGUGUUGAAUGAUGCAAUUGCAACACUCUGCCUUGUUUUGCUCACUGAACUCAUUGAUGACCUCAAAGUGGAAUCACGUUCGGGGGAUGAUGAAUUCUUCGAUGAUGAACCCCCAGAGGCGGCUGGAUUUGACAUUUUGGGACAAUACACAUCCCUCCAGCGUGUCAUUCGGGUACUCACGAGUGCAACACUCCAGCAAAUGCUAACCUUCCUCGCCACUGUCUCCUACAGGAAGGCCUGUGCUCUACGUCGUGCAAGUACCAAAAACCCAAAUGAUGACGAACCCAUAAGUUUCAGUGACUCCACGACGUAUUUCAAUGAGACUUUUGUCUGCUCCCAAGAUUCAGAGACGGAGGAGGAAGACAGUGAGAGCUAUCUCGGAUUGUGGUUCAAGGAGACCCUUUCGCCGGAAGGGAAUGAAGAACAAACAGAAGCAGCUGCUCAGGAUGCCGGGAAUGAGAAUGGAAGUGGUGUUGUAACGGCUAAAGAUGAGCCACAUGAAUAUUUGGAUCUUGCUGCGCAAAUUUUUACCUUUUUGGAUUCAUCUCUGGGGGCGAAUCAUCACUAUUUGUGCAAGUAUGUUAAGAGUGGUUUGAGUGAGCAACAAAUUGUCCUCCUGGCAAACAUACUGAAGGAUCUGGAUCGUGAUGCAUCGCGGAGUGAGUGCGAAAAUGGUGGAUGUGCUCGUUGGCAGGGUGCUAUGGUGCGAUUUGCAGGAUCUCUGGGGCGCUAUUUGCACAAUUUGAUCUCUUCGGGUGUCUUGAAUGAGUCCCUGCAGUCGUCGCUGUUGCUGCAUCUUGGUGUGUCACCGUGGACAAAUGAUACAAAUUGGCCACUACAGGUGUAUCCGCGUACAUUGGCGGUUCUCGUGCAAAUUCUCCUCCUUAAGCCGUGUCAGGAGAAGGAAGCUGCCUGCCUGUCGGUGUGGCAUCGCUUGGUUAAUACACUCGUGCAGGGAGUUUGCUCAGAACAGCAGCAGCAGCAGCAGGGAUCAGAUGCGGAUGGUGAUGAUUUGAAUGUGGAACAUACGCAGCUAUUGCUCUUUCUGUUUCACACGUUGAAUCUCAUGCAGAAGAAAUCAAUUUUGUUGCUAACAGCUGGUGGGGUUAUACGUUGUGCGGAAGUUUGUCGUUGCAUCACCCCGGAUAAGCCAUUGAGGGAUGGUCAGAUAAUGCUCCUGUCGCGUCUUUUGCUGUUUCUGGAGUACCUCAUGAAGCAUCUCUACAAUCCACCGGCAAAUGUUCUCGAGCAAGUACGUUGGAAUUUAUUUAGUGUGGUUACCCUUGAGGCUGCUCAAAAGGUUGAUGUACUCAAUAAUCGGGCAAAAUUGAUUUCCUUCCGGAAGGACAUUGAGGAUAAAUACAAGAAACUUGCACCGGAAGUUAGUGCCUCAACGGGGGUACGUCCGAAAUUCUAUACAAUCACCCCGUGGGAAUUGAAAUUGCAACAAGAAUUCAAAAUGGAUGGGUUAGCGUGGAAUUUUAUUCUCUGUACACCGGAUAAGUUGAAGUAUCACCUUCUAAUUGAUGCUCUCAUUGAUAUUUUGUCCGUGACGGAUAUUUGCACGGGGAAAGUUCCCUUCCAGACAUUGUGUGCCGUUCAGUAUUGCUUUAGUUUGUCGUGGAAAUUGAUUUUGGGUAUGGCCCCAUCGACACCACAUGUGGAGGAUUUGAUAACGGAUAAACCACCGAAUUUGCAUUCACUCAUUUGGUCAAUAAGGUGCAUUCAACCUGUUUCACAUUCGCAUUACUUAAUUGUGAAUAGUCUCGUGAAGCAGGGGAUGUAUACGCAAUUUGCUGAAAUUUUGUGGAAUAAGGUGACAGAGCAUGCGGCUGAUGUGAGAAGUCGGAUGAAUCAAACAAUUAUUGGGCUUGAUCUCUUUGCAAAGAACUUCCAAAGUGCCUCACCGAGGUUGUCAAAGGUCAUCCUAAUUGAUGCUUUACUGUCUCACUUGUAUGCUGUGUACUGGGCUGAAUCAAAUUCAAAGAUGAAAGUAGAAAAUAAUGCUUCAAGCAGUGGCGCAACAACAACAACACCCACAAGCACUUCAGUUGUUGUUACAUCUCCGGAAUCUCUCACAGCGGGAGCAGUUGGUGGUAUGAGUGAGAGUGAGGCAGCAUCAGGGAAGCAUCAUUCAUGCCUGGGGAAUGUAACACGUGAUGAAAUGGUUGGAACAUUGCGGCUGAAACUUCUCGAUGUCAUUGAUAUUUUGCUGGAUUUCCUGCAUAAGACAACGGUGAAGAGUCUCUGUGGUCAAAUCCCCAUUCAACUGAUGGAAUCCCUCAUUUCCAUUACGAGCUCCAAAACAGCCUUUUGCUCGGACAUAACAAAUCAUUUCUUGAGCGUUCUCACUGGACAGGAUAAGGAUGUUGUUAAUAUCAUUUGGACAAUGGAACUAACACUCAGCACCGAAGGGAAUUUGAGUCAGAAUAUCAAUCAACCCGUUGAAAUGCAUACCCUUGGGGUGAUUGAUGCCCAUCUUACGGAAAUAUCAAAAUAUUCCAUCUAUUCAAUCCUCAUGUCACUCAAGCAUACACUCAAGUCUGCCCUCAAGGUCUUGUCGUACCUUCUACCGCUUAACAAAUGUGAUCAACUGUUGCAGAAGCGCUUGGAGAAUAUGCUGAUUCCUCUAAUUUUUGACAUUCGUACAAUGUAUCUGUAUGAAACGGCCAAUGAAUGCUUGGAAAUUCUCCUUGGGGAAGACUACACGUCUGAUUCGUACCAAUUUCUCUCCUACAGCUGCAUCCUCAAGCACACCUACAAGCUUGUCAUUGAUUAUUGCGAACUAUCAGCGGGUGGAACAACAGAAAUGAAUCUCGAUGAGACAAUUUUGCAUUAUGUUUUCAAAUUUUGGGAAUCAAUGCUGGAUAAACAAAUGGGAAUGAAGGCAAUGCAUGAAUUCUUCUAUGAAUCAAAAUGUGGGAGUUUAGUUAGUAUUCUCCUGUCAUUCUCCAACACAAAUAUGUCUCAGGUGUACUCCACGAAGGUCUUGCAGUUCUUUGAGAAACUCUUCCAGGCAUCCGAGAGGCCUGAAGCGCAAUUUAAUUUGAAUGAAUUGUGUCAAUCAAUUGCGGAAUUGGGUACAUGUGAUCCGGCAAAGCUAAAAACAUGGCUGAGUCAUAUUCUCUUGGGUCCGGGUGGUGGUGUAACAAAUGCCGGGAUGUCCAGCAAUAAUUCCAGCAAUGUGCAAACACCAACGAAUGUUGCAACGACGGCAUCAGCUGUGGCGAAUAUUGCUGAACAAAUUGUCCAGACAUCCAAUGAUAACGUCGAAGUGGUUGAUAUGGAGAUUGAUGAUGAAUGUGUGGGAGCAUCGGGUGGUGGUGGUGCAACGAGUGGUUGGCAACAGGGUGCGAGUAUUACGACAAAUCGCAGUGAAACACCCAAUGAGGAAUGCCUGGAGAAGAAUGGGCGUCUCCUGCAGACACUCACAAAGUACAUUGUGAGUGAGACGCGUCUUUCCCCAUCAGUUUCAGGGGUUCUAUUCAAUGCCCUCAUACAGAUUGCACAGAAUCUCCUUUGCCCGGCACAAGAUGCCCUUGAAUUCACUGAUCUCCUGCAGGUUAUGGUAACCCUGGCUGAUGCGGGACACGGAAAAGGGCAUGCGGUACUCUUUAGUGCUGCAAUUGAAUGGCUCGAAGUGUCCAAGAAUCACGUGCUGGAGAAAUCACUGAAUAAAUUGACGGCAAAAUCGGGUGUUGCCCUGGAGAAUGUCUCAUCAUUGUUGCAGUACAUGAGUGAUUUGCUUCAGGGUUUGGGCUCAACGGGAAGUAGGGCAUUUAGUCCACCGUGGGAGGAGGAUAAUCCACCGGAUAUGGAUGAUUUUAUCGACGAUGUGGGGGCUGAUGAUGAAGAUAGCGUCGUUGAGGAUUCCGACGAGGACAGCCUUGGCAAUAAACUCUGCACCUUCUCCAUCACACAGAAGGAAUUUAUGAAUCAACAUUGGUAUCACUGUCAUACGUGCAAAAUGGUUGAUGGUGCUGGAGUUUGUUCAGUCUGUGCUCGUGUUUGCCACAAGAAUCACGAUAUAAGUUAUGCCAAGUACGGGAAUUUUUUCUGUGAUUGCGGAGCAAAAGAUGAUGGUAGUUGCAUGGCACUUAGUCCACGAAUUAAUGUACAAGAAACCACAGCAAUGUCCGCUGCAGCAGUAAUGGGACAGAAUGUUCUGGAUGCAGAUCACGUUAUUCCAAGUUCCCUACGGAGGCGUGUAUCGAGCCCACAGCCAUCGAUGGCAAAGGAUAGGGGAGGAGGAAGUGGGGAGAAUACGUAUGGUAGUUGUGAACGUGAAUAUCACAUGGCAAAGGUGAUUGAUGCAUCCAAAGAAGCUCUAAAUAAUCACGAGCAGUGGAAGGCUGUUGUGAAGUUUGUUUUGGAUUUUUUUGAAUUAAUUAUGCCCGCUGUGAGGGAGAAUUGUGCAAAGUAUUCGAGUGUUGGAUGCCAUUUGAGGGCUAAAAAUGCCCUUGAGCGUUUGCACCAUCCGGACAAGACAUUUGCAAUAAGUGAUCAAAUUAUGGUGUCAACAAUGGGUUCACAAGAGGGGGCAUUUGAGAAUGUACGGAUGAGCUAUUCAGGGGAACAAGGGCAGACAAUUCGGCAGUUGCUUUCAACGAAUCUCGUGAGACGCGUUGCACUGUGCUGCCUAUCAUCGCCCCAUGGGAAACGGCAACAUUUGGCGGUGUCGCAUGAAAAGGGGAAGGUGACAAUUUUGCAGUUGUCAGCAUUGCUAAAGCAACCGGAUGUGGCAAAGAGGAAGUUAACACUGAAUCGUCUUUCAUCUGCACCAAUCCCAUGUACAGUGCUGUCGUUGGCUUCAAAUCCCGCCAAUGAGGACUUUUUGGCCGUUUGUGGCCUCAAGGAAUGCCACAUCCUUACAUUUACAGGUAGCGGAUCACUCAGUGAGCACAUUGUGUUGACGCCACAACUUGAAACGGGGAAUUUCAUCAAGAGAGCCAUUUGGUUGCCGUCGUCACAGACAAAAUUGGCCCUUGUAACGGCGGAUUUUGUGAAGAUUUACGAAUUGGCUGAAGACACGUACAGUCCGCAAUACUACUUCCUCGUACCCAGCGGGAAAAUUCGUGAUUGUACGUUUGUUCAUCAGGAGGAUCAGUACUAUAUGCUCCUAAUGGCGUCUUCGGGGUACAUCUACACACAACCACUUGCCAAUGAGAGUCUUGCAAAACAUGGGCCAUUCUAUGUGACAAAUACCCUGGAAUUGGAUCAUCCACACAUAAAGGAUGUCAAUGGACAAAUUGGUAAUGGUGGUGUCUCCAUCUACUACUCCCACGUUCUGCAAAUGCUCUUCUUCAGCUACACACAAGGGAGGAAUUUCAUGGCACCCCUUGUGGAUGUUAAUGCGGGCGUAAAGUGUGUCGUUCAACUCCAAACGGGUCCCAAUACGAAGAACUCAUCAAAGGGACCCCUUCAACCGCUCUGUCAAUGGACAGAAAUUCCCGGACAUCCUGGUUUAGUUUGUGCAAUGAUGCAAACAUCCAAUAAUCCCGUUAUCUUCAUGCUCAAACCCGAUAGUAUUGUCAUGCAGGAGAUUAAGGCUACAUCGUCAAAAGCUAAAAUUAUGGAUAUGGUUGCUAUUCGGCAUGCUGUAUCAGGUGUUGAAAAGACCACACUUAUUUUACUCUGUGAAGAUGGGAGCUUGAGAAUUUUUUCAGCUCAUCCCGAAGGUACAGGCUAUUGGAUGUCACCGGAAGUUCAACCAGUUGGUAAUCAACUCUAUGCAUCCUUCCUCCCCAAAUCAGCAAGGCGCAAUAAGAGGAAUUCCAACAAAAUGGCAGCCCUCAAUGCUGCAGCAGCUGCUAACAAAACGGGUGGAGCAAUUGGGCUAACACAGCCAACAUUCCCAAUUGAUUUCUUUGAGCAUUGCACCCUUAUGACAGAAGUGGAAUACGGUGGGAAUGAUUUGUUGCAAAUUUACAAUACAACCCUCCUGAAGCAUCGUCUAAAUUCAACGGGAUUGUACGUUAUGUCCAGCAAAGCUAAUGGUUUCACACUGGAGGUGUACAAUAAUGAUCCAAAUAUGGUAAUGACGGGUGUGAGGAUUCUCAUUGGGAGUCAAGACCCACAGAGAGCACCCACAGCGGUGACACUACACGGACGUACAGUUACGACAAUUGUUCAACGUCCACGAUGGUUUGAUUUGCCAUUAACACGCGAAGAGAGCUUAAUGAGUGAUAAGAAGCUCUGUGUGGCAUUUGGGGCAUCACAAGAUCCGGAAAAUGUUUGUAUGUUGGACAGUAUAAAGAUCUAUGGGAAGACAAAGGAUGUCUUUGGUUGGCCUGAGGAACAGGAUGAUGUAGCAGCUGCAGCUGCAGCUGGUGGCUCAUCAGGGCAGGCAAUUGGUGCACAAACAACAGCUUCGGCGGCAUCAAUUGCAGCCGGAAAUGCCAUUGAUGCGGAAUCGAAUUCCGUUCAAACGAUCACAACACUCGAUCGAAUGGUAUCCACGAUGCUUGAAGUCCUUGACAGUGGAAUAAGCUUGAUUGGUGGUGUAAAUGUUGAUGAGGAGAUUAAAGCAAAAGCCGUGGAUGUUUCAACGGCUCUCCUUAUCUUUCCAACACCAACAAUUGUGCAAAAUCACGCCAAAUGCGUCCUGGCGUCCCUUCAUACCAAUCGUCAAGCCUAUCAUGCGUACAAAGAUAAGGAAAUCCUCACAGAGAUCAACAAAGAGCUCAAUGCCAUGUCUGAAGUGCGUGAUCCCAAAAAUAUCGAUCCUGAAGCAUUCUAUCGUCUUGUCCUCAUGGCACGUGGGAUUGCCGUGACACGUCCUCAAGCACUUUGGAAGAUUUGUGGGGAAAAUAACUUCCAAAUGCUCCCGAAGUUGAUGAAAAUGAUGAAGACACUCCAUCAAAUAACACCAACUGAUGAACAACCAACACCAAUUGUUAAGCGUGGCCUUAGUCACACGGAAGCCAUUGUGCACUCAAUUGUGGAAAUUAUCUUUGCUUUUGCGCUGACUGAUCCGGAAUUUGUGGGCUUAAUGACGAAGUUCUUUGUUGAAUUGCUCCUUGAUAGUGGCAUGACAAUUAGUCAUAGCACAAAGCAGGCCCUGAUAAAGCUCCUUCGGCCACGUGUUAAGCGACGCAAGGUGCUCAUUGGAAGUCCACCGGGGUGCUCAACACCAACUCCUUCAUCAGCUCCACCUCCGGGAGUUGCUCCUAUUGCAUCUACAUCAUCUGCAGGAAGUUCCGGAGGAGCAGCAGUGGCUGGUGCAGCAGCAGCAGCAGCAGCUGGAAAUGAUGAUUUGUAUGCAGCUGUAAUGCAAGAAGUUGAUGCAAUUGAGGGAAUUGGAUUGGAAGGUGCAGGAGCAGCAGCAGCUGUCAAUCCCCAAGCAUUGGCAUCACUUGAGGCACUCCUCGGGGGGAUACCGCAAAUGUUGGAUUUGCAACAGGAUGCAGAUGAUGAUGCCAUCAUGGAGAUUGCCAUUGCAUUGAGUCUCCAGGAGCAUGAUGGGAAUUUGAGUGGAUUGCAACAGGGUCUGGCAAAUAUUCAGGGUCUUCGCGGGAGAACUCUGCAGAGUCUGCAGGCACUUGCAGCAGCUGGCGGUGUUGGUGGAUACAGCAAUGAUCCGUCAGCAUCUGUUGGUGGUUCUGACGAUGAAGGCUCCAAUGCUGCCACUGAUGGUUCAACGCUACGCACAUCACCUGCCGAACAUGCCGGAAGUGGUGGGUCUGAGAGUGGUGGGAGUGGCGUUGAGAGCAUAGGCGGUACAUCUGGACGUAGUAGUACGUAUGGUGAUCAACCAAAUCAAUCACCACCACGUGAAGGAAAUCUCCCACCACCACCACCACCGCCAUCAUCAUCAUCGUCACAAGCAACAGCAGCAGCAACAACAAAUGUCCAAGAGAGUGUCAUUCAGGAAGAUCCGGAAGAUACAACAGAGACGGAGAAUGCAGCCAAAUUGCACAUUCUACGGUAUUCAAUUCUUGAGAAGAUGAUUGAUAAUUUUUGGGCACUUGAUUGGGUUACGGGAACACAAGCGGUGUCCUUUAUGCAAGUAAUCCUUAUGCUAACAUCCGAUCUCGAUGGGAGUCAGGAAGCAGAUCAGAAUGUUAUGCAAAAAUUGUUGGAUGCAUUGAUUGAGAGACUCGAAAUGGUUCCAUCGACACAGGGUGUUCAGAUGACAACAAGGACAGCAAAGACAGAAGUUCAAUGGCUUAUUUUGCGUAUGUUGAGUGUUUUUAUGGGUAAAGUGAAAUCAACAACAAAAUCUUCAUCAUCAUCAGCUGGAGGAGGAGUACCUUCAACAUCAUCAAUGGCAAGUGGUGGUGGAUCAACAAGUGUGGCUGCUGCUGCUGCACCUCCAGCACCACCACAACCACCAUCAAAUGAUAAUGCAACAUUUGUAGCAUCAGCAACGGCAAAUGCACUCAUGAAGGCUGGUGCAAUCCCGUACUGUUUGGUCCUUUUGGAAUCCUUCCUACCAUAUUGGAAGAAUGCAUCGGCAAAUGAGGAUAUGCCAUCGAGUGGAGGAGGUGGUGCAACACUGAAUGCUCCAAUUGUAACAGUUCCCGGUGGGCCACCGAGUAAUAAAUUGCUAAAACCCACACAGUAUGGACCCGUACCGGAUAUGCAACCAUUCCACGUAACACAGACUUCCUGCUGCGUGGAUCCCUAUGAGAAUUAUCAGACACUAAUCACGGAGAUGGCUGUAAAGUUGCCCUAUCAGAUACUUAAGCUGUCAUCGGGUCAUCCAUCGGCGUAUGAUUGGUACAGAAAUAUCUAUGAGUACAUGACAUUCAUUCUCUGUGAGUACAUGCUGUACUGGCAGACACCCAUCCUACGGCGACAGGUGCGUAAGCUUUUGCUAUAUGUGUGUGGGAAUAAGGAGAAAUAUCGUCAAAUGCGUGACAUUCAUGCCUUGGAUACGCACAUGAAGGCCGUGAGGAAGUGCACGGCGGAAGCUACUGGAAGUUGUGUGGCUGUAUCACAGAGUAGUGGAUCCGUGAAUAUACCCACCCUUGACUAUGAUGCCCUUGUUGAGCUCACUGAGCAUUUGCGUGCUUGUCAGGAGAUUGCAUCAGUUCGCACGGGGAAUUGGCAACAUUUCUGCAUUCGCAUUCACACCGAUAUCCUUCCGUGUUUGCUACGUAUAAGCUGUCAGCAAUUGGAUGAAGGGGUAUCACCGAUUAUUUUGCAACUCCUCCAAUCUGCUGUGUGCAAUGCUGGUGCAAAGAAUGCCGUUGAGAGUCGUGCAAUGGUUAAGGAGCGGCGUGAUCGAGAAAAAUCUGAGGAGUCUGAAUGUACGGCUGAUUCGAAAUUUGACCCGGCUCUCUGUAUGGCACUUGUAGAUCAAAUUUUCACACAAGUUCAACCACAAUUGCUGACAAAAUUCAUCCGACUCUUCCUCCUGGAGACAAAUUCAACGAAUCUCCGUUGGCAGGCACACAGCCUCAUUUAUGCAUUCUACGAGAAUAGUACAGCCGCACAAAAGGAUCAGCUACUAAAUCAUUUGUGGAGCUUGUGGCCACUGCUAUCGGCAUAUGGGAGACGUACAGCACAAUUUGUGGAUCUCAUUGGUUUCCUCACGCUCAAUACAAAAUGCUCAACUGAGCGUCUUUUGCAGUACACCGAGCAAGCUGUAGUAGUUCUCAGGCAACAAAAUGAGCUUCUCUCACGUCAUCCCAAUGCACCAAUUUACACAGCUUUGGGUCAAGUACUCGAACUUGAAGGGUUCUACUUGGAAUCAGAGCCAUGUCUCGUUUGCAAUAAUCCCGAACUUCCAAUGGCAAACAUUAAGCUGUCAUCCAUUAAGAUUGAUUCAAAAUUCACAACAACAACAGUUAUAGUUAAACUCGUACAGAGUCACAUCAUUUCGAAGAUUACCCUCCGCAUUGCGGACUUGAAGAGAACGAAAAUGGUGCGAACAAUUAAUAUUUACUACAACAAUCGUACAGUUCAGGCUGUUGUGGAGCUAAAGAAUCGCCCAGCAAUGUGGCAUAAAGCACGCAAAGUGACACUCUCUUCGGGGCAGACUGAUGCAAAAAUUGAUUUUCCCCUCCCAAUAACAGCGUGCAAUCUCAUGAUUGAAUACGCUGACUUCUAUGAGACAGUCACGGGGUCGAGUGAGAGUCUCCAGUGCCCGCGAUGUAGUGCUGCUGUCCCGGCAAAUCCGGGUGUUUGCAGCAAUUGCGGUGAGAAUGUCUAUCAAUGUCACAAAUGUCGUGCAAUUAACUACGACGAGAAGGAUCCAUUCCUCUGUCAUUCAUGUGGAUUCUGCAAAUACGCCAAAUUUGACUACACCAUCUUCGGUAGAGCUUGCUGUGCUGUGGAUCCCAUUGAAUCGGCAGAUGAUCGUGCCAAGACGGUGCAAACGAUUCAUACGUCUCUCGAAAAAGCAGAUCGAAUCUAUCGGCAGCUACAGGCCAAUAAACAAUUCCUGGAGCUUCUUGUGCAAAAGAUUGCUGAACAUAAAUUGGACAGGACUUUUGAUGAAUCUGUUGUUGUGAGUCUCGUGAGUUCGUCUCAGGUGAACAAAGUGAUUCAGCUUCUUGCGCAAAAGUACUGCGGUGAAUCCAAAGGUUCCUUUGAGGAUCUCAGUAAGAUCAUACAGAAGGUUCAAGCAUGCAGAAGGGAGCUCGUGGCCUAUGAUCGUAGUCAACAGGAUGUUCAUACAGCAAAGAAUGAUUCAACACCAAAUGAAAUUCCCGUAGCUGUUAACAAAUGCUACGGAUGUGCUUUAGCUUCAACGGAACAUUGUUUAACCCUCCUGCGUGCUAUGUCAUCGAAUGUUGUUUGCAGCUUUGGGUUGUGCAUUCAGGGGCUUGUUGAGGAAUUGGCACAGAAUAAUUUACGUCGUGGUACGGUGCAGAUUCAAGAUGAAGUCCGUUCACUCCUCUGCCUCCUCACGCGUGACAACAAGGAUGCAACAAAGAGUUUGUGUACAUUGAUACAUGAUCGCGUGAAGAUGGCCCUCAGUGGGACAGUUCCAUUGGCAAAUCUUGAUACGGCUGUACGGCAUGAACUUGCCCUUCUUGAGGCUCUUGUGGCACAAGAUGACACCCUGUGGGAGGAGAAGUUGAAGACUGUGCUGCAUUUAUUCACACUUGCGUGUCAAGAUAGUCGGGGACCAGCUGUUGUUGUCAUUCAGCCGUGCUUGCGUAUCAUUGAGACGCUAAUUAAUCCGGCAGCGCCCACGAGUAAGGCUAAUAAGAAUAUGACAAUUAAGGAUUUGUACACAAUUGCCUGCAAUGAGGGUGUUACGGUGAGUUUCCAAGAAUGGUUAGCGGGGAAUGUUGAUCAUACGUAUGAGGCGUGGAAGAAGAGGAUGCCACCUGUUUGUGAUGAAGCACCACCAUGUUCACCACCACCCACAGCAGCUGCCACCAAUCAACAGCAGCAGCAGCAGCAACAGCAAACCAAUGGGAAGACAGUUCAACGAAUGUUCCGGAUGAUUUUGGAACAGAAACGAUCACAAUUCCGUCGAAGGUAUUUGUAUGAGAAAUAUGGGAAGCGUUGGAGGAAUAAAGUCCUUUGCGGGGGUGUGCAGCAACCUCCGUUGGAAUUACUCCCGUCAUGGUUGCAGCGGAUUCUCUUCAAUCCAAAUAGUCGUAUUGUCCGGAAGAUGGCUUGUACCCUCGUGACGUCACUUUGUCGUUCUGUGGAGACAAAACGUGAAAUUCUCAACCUUCUCACGGGUUUCCUGCGUUACAUUGGUGAUGCGGGGGAGGCAUGUGCUGAAUUUAUUUCAUUGUACAUUUCACUAGCUGAUGAAACACCAUGGAGGCAGUAUUUAGCCCUAAGGGGUGUCCUUGUUACAAUUGCUGAUCUUCUUGCUGUGGAAAUUGAGAAAAUUCACCGCUUGGAGGAGACUACGCUGUCAUCGGAUCUUGCCCAGGGGUAUGCUCUACAUCAACUUGUUGAAUUGAUGGCAAUGUUCCUGGAAAAUCCACUAAUACGUCAAUCGUACAAAGGGAAAUUACUUGGUUCCGUUCUCCAGGGGUACCUGUCAUUAAGGAAAUUAGUGGUACAGCGUACACGGUUAGUUGAUGAUGCACAGGAGAAACUUCUGGAAAUGUUGGAGGAGAUGACAACGGGAACGGAAGAUGAGACACGUGCCUUCAUGGCGGUACUCAUUGAGACGGUAGAUAAGACCCCAAUGAAUGACAUUAAGACACCUGUUUUCAUCUUUGAGCGCCUCUGCUCCAUCAUACAUCCCGAAGAGAAUGAUGUGAGUGAAUUUUUCCUCACGUUGGAAAAGGAUCCGCAACAGGAGGACUUCCUGCAGGGAAGAAUGCUUGGGAAUCCGUAUCCAUCAUCAGCAGCUGGUCUUGGGCCAUUAAUGCGUGAUGUGAAGAAUAAAAUUUGCAGUGAUUGCGAAUUGGUGGCACUCCUUGAGGAUGACAAUGGGAUGGAGUUGUUGGUGCACAAUAAAAUUAUCAGCUUAGACUUGCCCGUGAAGGAUGUUUAUAAGAAAAUUUGGCUAGCUGAAGGUGGUGAACGGGAUAGUAUGCGAAUUGUUUAUCGUAUGCGGGGGCUAUUGGGUGAUGCCACGGAAGAAUUUGUGGAGACGCUGAAUAACAAAAGUCAAGAGGAGGUGGAUAAUGAGCAGUUGUAUCGAAUGGCAAAUGUUUUGGCUGAUUGUGGAGGUCUCCGGGUGAUGCUUGAGCGAAUUGUUAGCCUGCAGAAUAUCUCAAGAUCCCGUUCAUUGCUACAAGUUUUGCUGAAACUCUUCCUCCUGAGUGUGAAGGUGCGUCGAUGCCAAGAGGUGUUGUGUCAACCGGAAUUGGGAGCAAUUAAUUCCCUCCUAAAGGUACUUCAGGUGUGCCUACAGAGUGAGAAUGAUAGUCAACAAUCAGCUGUGACGGAACAAUUGUUGGAGAUUAUGGAGACAAUCCUAUCAAAGGCAGCCAGUGAUACAUUGGAUUCCUUCCUUCAGUUCUCCCUGACCUUUGGUGGCCCUGAAUACGUCCAAGCACUCAUUUCAUGCACCAAUUGCACAAAUGUCCGGAAUAAUCCAUCAGUUUUGCGACAUUUAAUCCGCGUUCUAGCUGCCCUUGUGUAUGGGAAUGACAUCAAAAUGGCCCUCCUGUGUGAACACUUCAAGAUGACGUUGGAUUUUGGGAAAUUCGACGGGGAACGUACGUCUGAGGAUGAAUUCAAGAUGGAACUCUUCUGUGUGCUAACCAAUCAGAUUGAGCACAAUUCCAUCGGUGGUACCCUCAAGGAUUACAUAAUUGGCUUAGGGAUUGUCGAGAGGGCUCUCAAUUACAUCACAAUCCAUGCCCCAUGCGUCAAACCCACUCUCCUACGAACGGAUUCGGAUGAACUGAAGGAAUUCAUAUCGAGACCAUCACUCAAGUAUAUCCUACGCUUCCUCACGGGUCUAGCCACAAAGCAUGAGGCAACACAAUUGGCUGUUUCCAAGGACAUUAUUCCCAUUGUACAUCGUCUGGAGCAGGUGUCGAGUGAUGAGCACGUUGGGAGUCUUGCGGAGAAUCUCUUGGAGGCACUAUGUACGGAUCCAGCUACGGCGAAACGUGUGCAGGAGGAGCGGGAUUUCACGCGGGCUGAGAAGAAGCGUCUUGCCAUGGCGACGCGUGAGAAGCAACUCGAUGCCCUGGGAAUGAGAACAAAUGAAAAGGGUCAGGUGACAGCGAAGGGAUCUAUUUUGCAGAAAAUUGAGAAAUUACGCGAUGAAACGGGCUUAACGUGCUUCAUUUGUCGCGAAGGGUAUGCGUGUCAACCGACAAAGGUUCUUGGGAUCUAUACAUUCACUAAACGUGUCCCUGUGGAGCAAUUUGAGGUGAAGCGCAAGACCCCAGGCUACACAACAGUGACGCAUUUCAAUGUUGUUCACAUUGAUUGCCACAUGUCAGCCAUACGCUUGGCCAGGAGUCGCGAUGAAUGGGAGAGUGCUAGUUUACAGAAUGCCAAUACACGUUGCAAUGGGCUACUACCCCUUUGGGGGCCGGAAGUUACGGAAUCCGCCUUCUCGUCCAGCAUGUCACGGCACAAUGCCUACAUGCAGGAAUGCACGCAGAGGUGUGAAAUUAACUUCCCCAAUGCAAUUCAUGAUCUCAAAUUGCUCCUCAUGCGCUUUGCCUUCGAGAAGAGUUUCCACGAAGAUGCAGGAGGUGGUGGUCCGGAGUCAAAUAUGCACCUUGUGCCAUAUCUCGUCUUCUACGCCCUCUACAUUUUGCUGUCGUCGCGGUCAUUCUCGCGGGAGGAGAAAACACUGGCAACCUUCCUGGCGCAGGUGCCGUCGGAUAAGUGGUUGGAGUGUGCGUAUGACGUUGAGGGGCCCCUAUAUCAGAUAACCCUCUCCCUGGCACUUCAUACCCCCAAUUUGUGGGCACAGCACAAACUCUACCACCUGAAGCGCCUUCUGGCAAUUGCUCAAGUGCGUCAUGUGAAUCCCAGUUGUGUUACAAAGAGUUUAGCAGCUGGGGAUCGUGAGGAGAAGGACUACACGGUGUACAAGCCGUACUUGAUGUUUUGGGCACUUGCGGAUCUCAUCUACAGGCACUUCUUCAAAACGGUGACAACGCCCAAGGAGGAGGAUUGGCCAAUCUCACUCUUUGACUACCUCCGGCGCAAUGAUGAGGCUAUGCUCAAGUCAUCGGACACAGUUCUAUCCACCUUCACCGAAGAGUAUCUACCAUGCACAUCCCUCAUGGAAUUUUGUGAUGUUGCUGGUCUUUUGAAUGACAUUGAAGAUCCCAAAGCCUUUCUCGAGGAGAUUCUAGCAUCAAUGCCGUAGUAAAGUGCUGUUCACGCCCUAUUCACAAGAAGAAAAAUAUUCAACGUGUAUUGCAAAUCAUAAAUAUGUUCUAAUGGUAUAAUGGAUUUAUUAAUAUAAAACCUAUAAAACAAAUUAUUUCACAUGAAGUUCAAUAAAUUAUAAUCGCUUUCAAUCACAUAAGAAAA